CCCUCGUGGCAUAGAAUCAAAGUUCCCUGAUAACAUAUAAAAACGAGAGGCCAAGAAACGAAGUUCAACGAACGACCAUCAUGCUUGUUUUUAAGUCCACUUUACCACUCUCUUCAUCAUCUUCAUCUCUUCACACCAAUCUCACAUUUCAUCUCUAUAACCUCCCUUCUUCUAAACUCUCUUCUUCUUCUCUGCUUUUUCUUCAUCAUCAUGUUCACUCCACAAGGCAAACCUCCUCAACCUCUAGAGUUAGGAAACUUUCCAUUAGAGCUUACAUGGAGAACCAGAACUCCAUUUCUGGUUUCGCCAACAAGGUCAUUGGUUCUUUGCCUGUGGUUGGACUCAUAGCUAGGAUUCUCAGCGAUGAAGGUGGCGUUGGAAGUGACAUCAUUGAUUUUGCUGAGUUCAGAAGAAGGGUUGGCAAGAAGUGCUCCAUCAAUGAUUCCAGAGCUUUCUAUGAGUUCCAGACUCGAAGAGGACGGGCAGGGGAUCCUCUUUAUGUUCUGUUGUGCUGUUGGCUAGCUGCGGUUGGUGCUGGUCUUCUGAAAACUGAGGAGAUUUUGGAAGGGGUGGCGAGGCUGCGGAUCUCGAAUGACAUUGAAUUUGAGGAGCAGAAUUUUAUUGCCUUGAUGAAUGAAGCAAGAGAGAGACGUGCAAAGCUGAAGGCUGCACCACCAGCUAUUCCAAUGGAGAUUAGAGUUGAGAAGGCACUCGAUGCAACCUAUGUUUGUUGCUUCGGAAAGGAUCCUAUAGAGGAGGAAGACGAGACGUUGCUUAUCACAAUGGGUAAGAGACAAGGCAUUGAGAGUAGCAGAAGGAGGUGGCGAUGAUUAUGUUCUGGAAGCAAAGCCCUUGUCAAAAGAAGCUGUGGAAUUGCAAAUGAAGGACCUUCAGUUCCUCAGACAAAAUAGUGAGACUUAAACCGAGUAUAGCCAGUGAUGUUUUUGAAAUGUGAACACCGUGAAUGAAAAAUUAUGUUUCAGAUAUGCUGUUUCAGUGUUUUGGCAACUCAUAAAAAAGGGUCAAUGAUUUUUGUUCUUAUUCCCUUUAGAUUAUUGAAACAAAGGUUUAUAACUUGAUUCAAAAUAU